AGCCAGACAGAACAGAGAGCUCUCAGCCCACAGGCUCGGUCACUUCCUCCUGGGAGGAUGCAGAGGCUCACGAUGCUGGUGGCUGCUUUGGGUGCCUACCUAGGCCUGCUGGUGACAGCAGCAGUGGCAGGCUCUAACCCUACCCAACCGGACACUCCUGGCAUGCUGCCUAUUCACCAGCGCCAGAAAAGAGCCUGGAUUUGGAACCAGAUGCACAUUGAGGAAGAGAAAAACUCCUCAUUGCCCCACCAUGUGGGCAAGAUCAAAUCUAGCGUGAAUCGCAAGAACACCAAGUAUGUGCUCCAAGGAGACUCCGCUGGCAAGGUCUUCCGGGUCAAUGCAGAGACAGGGGACGUGUAUGCUUUUGAGAGACUGGACCGGGAGAAAGUCACCGAAUACAAGCUCACUGCCCUCAUUGUAGACAAGGAAACCAACAAUAACCUGGAACCUCCUUCCAGCUUCACUAUCAAAGUUCAUGAUGUAAAUGACAACUGGCCUGUGUUCACGCACCGGUUGUUCAACGCAUCUGUGCCUGAGAUGUCAGCUGUGGGAACCUCGGUCACGCGUGUGACGGCAGUGGAUGCAGAUGACCCCACGGUGUCAGACCAUGCCACCGUCACGUACCAAGUCCUGAAGGGGGAAGAGUAUUUUGCCAUCGAUAAUUCUGGACUCAUUUUCACCACAAACAAAAACUUGGACCGAGAGAAGCAGGCCAGGUACGAGAUCGUGGUAGAGGCCCGAGAUGCCCAGGGCCUCCAGGGAGAAUCAGGCACAGCCACCGUGCUAAUCACUCUGCAAGACGUCAAUGACAACUUCCCCAUCUUCACUCAGACCAAGUACACCUUUACGGUGCCUGAAGACAUCCGUGUGGGCAGCCCUCUGGGCUUUCUGUCUGUUCAUGACCCAGACGAGCCUCAGAACAGGAUGACCAAGUACAGCAUCGUGCAAGGCGAAUACAGGGACACCUUCACCAUCGAGACGGAUCCCACCCGCAACGAGGGCAUCAUCAAGCCCAUGAAGCCCCUGGACUAUGAACUCAUCCGGCAGUACGUGUUCACCAUCGAGGCCACCGAUCCCACCAUCAACCUCCGAUACCUGAGUGGCAUCUCGGGCAGCAACAAAGCCCGCGUCAUCAUCAACAUCACAGAUGUGGACGAGCCCCCCGUCUUCCAGCAACACUUCUACCACUUCCAGCUGCGGGAAAACCAGAAGAAACCUCUGAUCGGCUCCGUGAUGGCUGUAGAUCCCGAUGAGGCCCGGCGUAGCAUUGGAUAUGCCAUCCGCAGGACCAGUGACAAAGGCCAAUUCUUCCGCAUAACCAAACAGGGGCACAUUUUCAAUGAGAAAGAAGUGGACAGAGAAACCUACCCCUGGUAUAACCUGACUGUGGAGGCCAAAGAACUGGAUUCUAGUGGGAUCCCCACAGGUAAAGAAUCCAUUGUGCAGGUCCACAUUGAAGUUUUAGAUGAGAAUGACAACGCUCCGAUGUUCGCCCAGCCCUAUGAGCCCAAAGUGUGUGAGAAUGUGGCGGCCGGCAAGCUGGUUGUGCAGAUCUCUGCAAUAGACAAGGACAUAACUCCACGGAACGUCAAGUUCAAAUAUGCCCUGAGUACUGAGGACAGCAACUUCACCCUCACGGAUAAUCAUGAUAACACAGCCAAUGUUACAGUCAAGUAUGGACAGUUUGACCGGGAACGUGCCAAGGUGCAUUACCUGCCCAUACUUAUCUCGGACAAUGGGAACCCGAGCCUGACCAGCACCAACAUGCUGACCAUAGCCGUGUGCAAGUGCAACGAGUGGGGAGAGUUCACCUUCUGUGAGGAGGCGGCCGCCCAGAUGGGUGUCAGCAUCCAGGCGCUGGUAGCCAUCUUCCUCUGCAUCCUCACCAUCACAGUGAUCACCCUGCUCAUCUUCCUGCGGAGGCGGCUCCGGAAGCAGGCCCGUGCUCACGGUAAGAGCGUGCCAGAGAUCCACGAGCAGCUGGUGACUUACGACGAAGAGGGCGGCGGCGAGAUGGACACCACCAGCUAUGACGUGUCAGUGCUGAACUCCGUGCGCCACGGCGGGACCAAGCCCCCACGGCCCGCGCUGGACGCCCAGCCCGCCGUCUACACCCAGGUGCAGAAGCCACCGCGGCUGGCGCCCGGGGGACACGGCGGGCCCGGGGAGAUGGCCACCAUGAUCGAGGUGAAGAAGGACGAGGCAGACCAGGAUGGAGGCGGGCCCCCCUACGACACACUGCACAUCUAUGGCUAUGAGGGCUCCGAGUCCAUCGCGGAGUCGCUCAGCUCCCUGGGCACUGAUUCCUCUGACUCAGAUAUUGAUUACGACUUCCUCAAUGACUGGGGUCCCAGGUUCAAGAUGCUAGCGGAGCUAUACGGCUCCGACCCCCGGGAGGAGCUGGUGUAUUAG